CAUGAAGAAAGAAGACUAGCAAAAAUUACUUUAAGAAACCCAAAUCUUAAUGGAUAUUGACCAUCCUAAUAUUGUAAAGCUAUAUGAAAUGUACCAAGACGAUCAUUCAUAUUAUCUUAUAAGCGAAUAUUGUGAGGGUUAUACAUUAUUAUAUAAUAAGGUGGAGAAUUAUUUGAAAAAAUUAAAAUAGCUUAAUUUCUAACUGAGAAAGAAAUUGCAUCUUAUAUAAAAUAAAUUCUUUCUGCAGUCUCUUAUUGUCAUUCAAUGAAUAUUGUACAUAGAGAUCUAAAACCUGAAAAUAUAGUUUUCGAUGCUAAACAUUAGGGUGCAAAUCUUAAAAUUAUUGACUUUGGAGCUAGUGUUAAGAUUGAAAACUCUGAAAAACUUAAUAAAAAAAUUGGAACUGUAUUCAUAUAUAUUAAUUUAAUAGCCUUUUUAUGUUGCUCCAGAAGUUUUAUAUGGAUCAUAUGAUGAAAAAUGUGAUAUUUGGUCUAUUGGGGUAAUCUUAUAUGUUCUUUUAUGUGGAUAUCCCCCAUUCUUUGCACAAAAUGAAGCUCAAGUUCUUGCAAAAGUAAAAAAAGGAACAUAUCAAUUUGAUUCUUAAGAUUGGGCUAAAGUUUCAUUACAAGCUAAAGAUUUAAUUAGGAGGAUGCUCUUUUUUAAUCCAUCUCAAAGAAUAAGUGCAAAUGAUGCUCUACAACAUUAAUGGAUUACUAAUAAUAAGUCAAAAGGUUAACUAAAUAAUUAAAGUUUGAAAAAGCUUCAAGAUUUCGACUCAAAAAAUAAAUUAAAAUAUGCAAUACUCUAAUUUAUUACAGUAUAAGUGAUUACAAGUUAAGAAAAGGAUGAAUUAAUGAAAAACUUUUAAGAAAUAGAUAAAAAUGGAGAUGGAACAGUAAGUAAAGAGGAAUUAUUAAAUGGUAUUAAUUUUCAUUAUUUAGCUUAUAUUAAAUUAUAUAAAGGUGAUUAGCUUGCCGCAUAAUAGAUCGUGAAUGAGUUAUUUCCUCAUUUAGAUGCUAAUGGAUCUGGCAAAGUAGAUUUUAGUGAAUUUAUUACUGCCUCAAUAAAUAAGGAUAGAUCAUUAAGCAAAAAGAAAAUUGAAUAAUCUUUUAAAUUAUUUGACUUAGUAAAAAUAGAAUAAUAAAGAUAGGAUGGGAAUGGAUUAAUUACAAAAACAGAAAUAAAUUAAUUAUUUGGAGAUGAAAUAGAUGACAAUAUGUGGAAGGAAAUACUAAAGGAAUGUGAUGCAAAUGAAGAUGGGAUGGUAAUAUGAUAAAUGCUAUACCAUAGAUAUCCUUAAGUGAAUUUAUAAAUUUAUUGGAGAGCAAAUUUAAAGGAAAACUUUGA